CACCGUUGGCGCAUCGCUGCAAAAGACGUAUCACGUGGUUCAGCGCUCAACCAAUUGGAGAGAAGCUUCGGUCUUUGCGGAAGUGUGAGCAGCCGGUGUCGUUCUAAGCGUCCAUCCCGAUCAUGCUGCUGUGGGUUCUGUCUGGGUCUCUGGUUCUGUUCAGCAGCAUUGAUGUCUGGUACUUCCUCCGAGGGUCUUGGAUAGUCAUCAAGUCCUGGUUUCAGGGCCCAGUUCAGGACAUUCUGGCCGAGCAAGUGGUUCACGGACGGGUUCUCCUUCACGAUCUGGACUACAUGUGCCACAUGAAUAACGCCCGCUAUCUGCGCGAAUGCGACUUCGCCCGCUUUGCGCACUGCACCCGAAACGGGCUCUUCAGGGCCGCACGGGCUUUCAAUGCCACGAUGGUGGUCGGGGCUUCGACCAUCCGCUACAGGCGCUCUCUGGUCCUCGGCGAGGCAUUUGAGUUGCGCACCCGCAUCGUGUCCUGGGACGAGAAGUCCUUCUACCUGGAGCAGAGGUUCGUUUCUAAGUCAGACGGGUUCAUCUCGGCUGUCAUGCUGUGCAGGCAGAAUGUGAUUCGCAGCUCUCCAGAGAAGAUCCUGGAUUUUCUUUGCAAGAGAAAGGUGGAGUGCCCUGACGUACCAGAGGAUCUUCAGCACUGGAUUAGGUUCAUCUCUGCCAGUAGUCAGGCCUUGAGAGCGGAGAUUGGAUUAGAUGAGAAGACCAAAUGAUCAUUGCACAAGACUUUGACCGCAAGCCUUCCUUGUGCAUGUAAGUUUCCCCAUGAUGCCAUCCUUAAAUUAUGUAACAUUCCUCGAAGGGCAAGUUUUGACAAUGUCGAAGGCAUUACUGAUCCAGAACCUGUGGCUUUUAUCUGUUCAUCCGUUUCCUCAGCCGUACAGUUUGCUUUAGUUUAGAAAAUGUAUUGUUGUAUUUAAAAAAAAUCUGAUACAGAGGCUGCAAGUGAAAAAUUUAGCUGCAAGUAAUGAUGACUGCAUGCGUGAAUGUUUGAGGCUGAAAAUCUUGAUUCCAUCGACUUGAAUGUCAGGGGCUUUCUGACAGUACAUGACCAAAUGAACAUCAUUCUUGAAGCUGAAGUGUGUAAUUUCUUUAAAGAUGAGGUAACACACGCAGUUUCUGCCAGUCUCAUAUUAAUCAUGAGUACCUAUACAGUAGUAUUGCAUACUUCGUGUCUUCGAAGAGUAUUUAGUUUGAACAAAUUUAUAACAGAGAGAUACAGCUGUACGAUUAUUUCCGGAAAAAGUCGAGCUCCUGGAGGCGGGGAAGGGGGGGCGGAACUACAGCACGAGCACACAAUACAUCAUCUCUUUCGCUCACGCUCGCUCGCGCGCAACAGUGUAAAGAAGUCAGAAUGCUUGAAAUAGCAUGUUACCUCCGCUUUAAAAUAAUACAUGUUUUUAAAUGGUUUUCAAGCACUCCGUCGGGCUGCCAUUACUUGGCCAAACACAUAGUCUCACCCCAAACUCACACAGUUGGUUGAGCCAAUGUUGCUGUGUCAAGUUGGUUGUUUGAGUGUUUACAAAACUACCUGCACAUGGCUUACCCGUUGUUGACUUUGCACAGAAAUUAGUUUAUUUCUAUAGCACUUUUUAUAAUUUGCAUUGUUGCAAAGCAGCUGCACAGAAAACACGCUGUGAAAUAAGCAGACAACAAAUAAAGAUUUAGUCAAAUGAAUCAUAAUAGAUUUAUAAUAGAAUAUACAUUUAUAAAUAUAUAUUCAACAUACAUUUUUUAACAUCAAAAACUUACACACUUCAGCUUUAACUUGAAAAACGUGUUUAAUAUGUUUGCACUGAGUAUUUUAUUUCGUACAUACGGCAAAUGAUGUCGAAAAAAUAACAGUGUUGUUUUACACUGAAUAUCAUAUAUUUAUUGUCAUCAUAAAUGUUUGUGCUGGUCUGAUAUAUUAUCGUUAUUCCAAUUUGAAAUCUUUAACUAUUUAUUGUUAUUUAAAAAGGAAACAUGUAUUUAUUAAAUGAAAAUAUUUUUGACCUCAUAUUAGUUUAUUUAGGAAUUGAAGCACCCGUCAUAAAACUUGAACAACUUGCAUUCUGAAAUAAAAAAAUACGAAAUAAAUAAAAAGGUUGUAUUUGUGAGUUAUUUUAAAAGCAUUUAAUUAUAUAUUUUUAAAAACUAAAUUGUCCAGUGUUUCAAAAAUGUAUAGAGCAUGUCUACUGAGAGCAUCACUACCGCCCCCUAGUGUGAAUACACUACCAUCACAGGCUACUGAACUGAUGUCUGAAAACAUUGAAACACUAAAUCACUGAAAACACUUAAAUUCCUCAUAAUUUACUCAUACCAUGCCAGAUGGUCCAAAAGCUCCAAGAAGCUCAUCCAUCCAUUCAUCAUAAAAGUAAUCUAAAUGGCUUAAGAAAAAGUCUUCUGAACGGAAAUUAUAGGUGAGAAAAUAAUUGAUAUCUUUUCAAAUACGGCAACCAUGGUGAUCUAUAUUUUCAAAUCUUAUUGGUUCCUGUGUCUUGUGACCAGUUGUCAUGU